AGCCAGAGGAGAGUUGGGAGGAGCUGGAGGAGGGUGGGGAGGGCGGAGAGUUGCCCGGCGCUUAGGUGGAGUCCAUCAUGGCUUCGGCCUCUUCUGGCCGAGGGGCCGGGCUGUUGCGUUUUCUGCGGCUGGUCGGGCAGCUCAAGAGAGUCCCACGGACUGGCUGGGUAUACCGAAAUGUGGAAAAGCCAGAAAGCGUGUCAGAUCACAUGUACCGAAUGGCGGUUAUGGCCAUGGUGACCAGAGAUGACCGCCUUAACAAGGAUCGAUGUAUACGCCUAGCCCUGGUUCAUGAUAUGGCAGAGUGCAUCGUUGGGGACAUAGCACCAGCAGAUAACAUCCCCAAGGAAGAAAAGCAUAGACGAGAAGAGGAGGCUAUGAAAGAGAUUACCCAGCUGCUGCCAGAGGACCUCCGGAAAGAGCUCUAUGAACUCUGGGAAGAGUAUGAGACCCAAUCUAGCGAAGAGGCCAGAUUCGUGAAGCAGUUGGACCAGUGUGAAAUGAUCCUUCAGGCAUCAGAAUAUGAACACCUGGAGAAUAAGCCUGGGCGACUUCAAGACUUCUAUGAUUCCACAGCAGGAAAAUUCAGCCAUCCUGAGAUAGUCGAGCUUGUUUCGGAGCUGGAGGCUGAGAGGAACGCCAGCAUGGCCAUAACCUCCACAGAACCAGGCCCUUGAGCUCUCCCUGCUGCUGUGCCAUGCUGCUUUCUCCCUCUGCUUCCUGGGGAUGUGUUUUCCUACAAUUGGUCUGGGGAAUUCCCAAGACAAGAGUCUUUUUUCUGUUGUCUGGACAUGAACAAGAAAUGUGAUAUAAUACAGUCCCUAAAAGAAGCCAUUGAACCAGAAAUGCUCAGGAAGAUGCCAUGGACAAAGACUCGAAAGGAGCAUGCCUUUUUUUGUGUGUGUGUGAAUUAAAUAUUAAACACUCCAAACUUUGGC